ACAGGGUCUGGAGAGCCUCCCCUGGGCAUCAAACCCGAGCACAUGACACGCCAAGCAUGGGACUACGUCUACCUAGGAGGGACCUACCCCGCAGACUGUGCCAUCCCAGAAGAAAACCUGGCCAAGCUCAGAACCGAGUUCCAGUACUGGUACCCCGUAGACCUGCGUGUGAGUGGUAAGGACCUUGUACCUAACCACCUGACCUUCUUCCUAUAUACACACUGUGCCGUGUGGGGGGACAAACAGUUCCCCAAGGCAGUACGGGCGAACGGUCACCUGUUACUGAACAAGGCUAAGAUGAGCAAGAGCACAGGCAACUUCAUGACUCUGGCCGACGCCAUCAAAGAAUUCGGGGCCGAUAUGACCCGUUUUGCGCUCGCGGAUGCCGGAGAUGGUAUGGAUGACGCCAACUUCGAGUCCACCACAGUUAACGCAGCCAUCCUGCGAAUGUACACUCAGCUGGAGUGGACACAAUCCGUACUCAAGGGCGAGGAAGCCACACGUACAGGCCCCAGCACCUCCUUUCACGACAAGGUAUUGGACAGUGCCAUCAAUACAGCUAUCAACGCGGCUCACAAAGCGUUCAGCGGCAUGUUGUACCGAGACGCGCUCAAGGUGGGCUUCUACGACCUACAGAAUGCGCGUAACUCGUACAUCGCCUUCCAAAGCCCUGAGGACGAGGACCUCAAUGUUGACCUGCUCAAGCGCUUCAUCGAGGUACAAGCGUUGCUGCUGUCACCAUUCUGCCCCCACUACACUGAGGAGAUCUGGGAGCUGCUAGGAAAGGAAGGCAGUAUCAUGAACGCCGCUUGGCCUGUAGCCGGUGACGUGGAUGACGAAGCUAUCGAGGGCUGCUUGUACAUUGAAGAUCUUGCGGCGAGCAUGCGUGCCAAGCUCAACAAUACGAAGCACCCGAAGAAGGGCAAGGCCACAAACCCUACCAAGGUCACCAUCACAUACACAGAUGUGUACCCUGAAUGGCAACAAGCAACGCUAGAUACUCUAGCCCAACUAUACCAGGAGGACCAAGAGACGUACGAAAACAACAAGGAGAUUGUGGGCAUCCUCAAGUCCAUUGAUUCCGUUAAACCGCACAUGAAGAAGGUCAUGACCUUUGUCAGCCAGACCAAGGCGGCAGUCUCCGCCAACGGUGCUCAGGCACUCAAGCCCGUUGUACGCUUCAGAGAGGGAGAGGUGCUUGGACACUACACGAAGUAUCUAUCCGCAUCCAUUGGCUUGCCGGUAGAGAUAGUGUGCGAGAGCAAGGCCGAUAAGGCCGAGCCUAAGAAGCCGUUUAUUUCGUAUUCCGAGUGAGUAGGUAGUAGGAUGGGGUAGUGAGAUGUAGCGGAAGGGGGUAGAGGCGACUUAAUGCGUACGACUAGAUACGACUUAUUCUAGUAGCACACUGAAAGUUCAUAAAGCUGUGCAUAUAACGUU